AUGGCUAAGAGGGCAGUGUUAAUAGGAUGCAACUAUCCAGGAACAAAGGCUGAGCUGAAAGGCUGCAUUAACGACGUGUGGAGAACGCACAAAUGCCUCACAAACAUAUAUGGCUUCUCAGAAAAAGACAUCACAGUUCUCAUUGAUACUCAACAUUCAUACACCCAACCCACUGGCAGGAACAUAAGAUUCGCACUCUCAAGCCUCGUUCGCUCCGCUAAGCCUGGACACGUCCUCUUUGUCCACUACAGCGGCCACGGCACGCGCCUCCCCGCCGACGCCGACGAGGAGGACAACACCGGUUAUGAUGAGUGCAUUGUUCCCACUGAUAUGAAUCUCAUCACUGAUGAUGAAUUCAGGCAAUAUGUAGACAAGGUUCCAAGGGGUUGUAAGAUCACAAUCGUAUCAGAUUCUUGUCACAGUGGGGGUCUAAUUGAAGCCGCUAAGGAGCAAAUAGGAGACAGCUCAAAGGAAGGAGGCCUAAAUUCAGGCUCUGUAUUUGAAUCCAUAAACUUUCUUCUUAGAAAUGUGGAAGACACCAGUGAGUCCCGUGGUAUCGAUAUUCCAACAGAAAUGGGCGACCCCAGCUACAAAGAAGUUGAAGAAAGACGUGUCGAGCUUCCUCAUGGGGCCUACGCUUAUGUGAAGAAUCGGUCUUUGCCUAUUUCAACGGUUACUCAUAUACUAAAGCAGAAAACUGGGAAAGAUGAUAUAGAUAUUGGUAAACCAAGACAUGCACUUUCUAAUAUCUUUGGGGAAGAUGCUAGCCCUAAAGUGAAGAAUUUGAUGAAGUUAGUCCUAAACAAACUCCAACAUGGAAGUGGUGAGAAUGGAGGGCAUAGCAGAAUUUUAGGGCAGGUGGGUAAUCUAGCCCAACAUUUUUUGGAACAAAAGCUAGACGAAGAUGAUGAAGAAACACAUGUUGGAAGUAGGCGAGAGGAAUAUGCUGGAUCAAUUAAGCGCAAUCUUUUAGAUUGUGGAAUUCUCUUGAGCGGUUGCCAAACGGACCAAACUUCUGCAGAUGCAAGUCCAUAUGGAAACUCCGAUAGAGCUUAUGGAGCUUUCAGCAAUGUCAUACAAACUAUAAUUGAGGAGACAAAUGGUGCAGUAACAAAUCGGGAGCUUGUUCUGAAGGCUAGGAAGAUACUUAGGAAGCAGGGUUUCAAUCAGAAACCUGGACUCUAUUGCAGUGACCACAACGUUAACGCUACUUUUGUGUGCUGA